GAGGGGGUGCGAGAGCCCGAGUAGGAGCUGCUCCUCCCGGCACCCCCUCCUCCCGCCUCGCGCAGCCUAUCCCGGCUGGGCCGCGCCGGGCUCGGCCGGGUGCCGAGCGGCUCCGCUCUCGCCUGUUGGGCGGGGAGGGCGGCCGGAGCAAGGGGGAGGGGAGCCGCAAGGACAUGGGCUGGCUCUGAGGGCCGGGGAAGGGAAGCCGACGUGCGUGUGCCUCCCUGUAUUUUAACAACUGUUUGUUGCGGGUGGUGGGGGUUUUAUUUUUUUCCCCUUCAAGGCGGAGGGGAGAACCGUCGCCCCCCGCCCCAGCGCGCCUGCAUGGCCCCUCUACCCCAGAGCGCCCCCGGAAAAUAAAGCCCGCCUCGGGCCAGGUGACAUACCCCCGCCUCCGCGGUCACACACACACACACGCACACGCACACAGCGGCACGGGCGCGGGAGCGCCCGCCUGCGAGACCAUGGAGGGACCCUCGGGCCCGGCGGAGGAGGGGGAGCUGCCUCUCCUCACCGUGAAGCACGAGCUGAGGAACGCCUAUGGAAAAGUGUUCCUAGUAAGGAAAGUAAGUGGCCAUGAUGCUGGAAAGCUGUAUGCCAUGAAAGUACUGAAGAAAGCAACAAUAGUUCAAAAAGCCAAAACAACUGAACACACAAGGACAGAACGACAAGUGUUGGAGCACAUUAGGCAAUCACCAUUUCUGGUCACUUUACAUUAUGCCUUCCAGACAGAUACAAAGCUUCAUCUCAUUUUAGACUAUAUAAAUGGAGGAGAAUUGUUUACUCACCUUUCACAGAGAGAGAGAUUCUCAGAAAAUGAGGUGCAAAUUUACAUUGGGGAAAUUGUUUUGGCACUUGAGCAUCUCCACAAGUUGGGAAUUAUAUAUCGGGAUAUAAAACUUGAGAAUAUUCUCCUUGAUUCUGAUGGCCAUGUGGUGCUGACAGACUUCGGUCUGAGUAAGGAGUUUCUUACUGAUGAGAAUGAAAGAGCAUAUUCUUUCUGUGGAACAAUAGAAUACAUGGCUCCAGAUAUUGUAAGAGGAGGAGACACAGGACAUGACAAGGCUGUUGAUUGGUGGAGUGUUGGUGUUCUUAUGUAUGAAUUAUUAACUGGAGCAUCACCAUUUACAGUUGAUGGAGAGAAGAAUUCUCAAGCAGAGAUUUCUAGGAGAAUAUUAAAAAGUGAGCCACCUUAUCCGCAAGAAAUGAGUGCACUGUCAAAGGAUAUAAUUCAGCGUCUUUUGAUGAAAGACCCCAAGAAGAGGCUAGGUUGUGGUCCCACUGAUGCUGAUGAGAUCAAACAGCAUCCCUUUUUCCAGAAUAUGAAUUGGGAUGAUUUAGCUGCCAAAAAAGUACCAGCUCCAUUUAAACCAGUAAUCAAAGACGAGCUGGAUGUCAGUAAUUUUGCAGAAGAGUUUACAGAAAUGGAUCCAACAUAUUCUCCUGCAGCAACCCCUCAGACUUCAGAAAGAAUAUUUCAGGGGUAUUCUUUCGUUGCACCGUCUAUUUUGUUUAAACGCAAUGCAGCUACAGUAGAUCCUCUUCAGUUUUAUGUUGGGGAUGAGCGGCCUGGAACUACAACUAUUGCCAGAAGUGCUAUGAUGAAGGACUCUCCAUUUUAUCAUCAUUAUGAAUUGGAUCUGAAAGAAAAACCAUUGGGAGAAGGAAGUUUUUCCAUUUGUCGAAAGUGCUUACACAAGAAAACUACCCAAGAGUAUGCAGUAAAAAUAAUUAGCAAAAGAAUGGAAGCCAACACCCAGAGAGAAAUAACAGCUCUGAAACUCUGCGAAGGACACCCGAAUGUAGUGAAGUUGCAUGAAGUUUUUCAGGACCAGCUUCACACAUUUCUAGUAAUGGAAUUGCUGAAGGGAGGAGAAUUGCUUGAGCGUAUUCAGAAAAAGAAACAUUUCAGUGAGACUGAAGCGAGUCAUAUUAUGCGCAGACUUGUUUCAGCAGUGAGCCAUAUGCAUGAUGUAGGAGUAGUCCAUAGAGAUCUGAAACCCGAGAAUUUGUUAUUUACGGAUGAAACUGAUAAUUCAGAAAUAAAAAUAAUUGACUUUGGCUUUGCUCGUUUAAAACCACCUGAUAAUCAGCCUCUUAAGACUCCAUGUUUUACUCUUCAUUAUGCUGCCCCAGAGCUCUUGAAUCACAAUGGCUAUGACGAGUCCUGUGAUCUGUGGAGUUUGGGGGUCAUUUUGUAUACAAUGCUAUCAGGACAGGUACCAUUUCAGUCUCAAGACAAAAGUUUAACAUGUACCAGUGCAUUGGAAAUUAUGAAGAAAAUUAAAAAGGGAGAAUUUUCCUUUGAAGGAGAAGCUUGGAAAAAUGUUUCUGAAGAGGCUAAAGAGUUAAUUCAAGGACUUCUAACAGUGGAUCCAAACAAAAGAAUAAAAAUGUCCAGCCUGAGAUACAACGAAUGGCUUCAGGAUGGCAGCCAGCUGUCGUCCAACCCUCUAAUGACUCCUGAUAACUUAGGCUCCUCAGGAGCUGCAGUGCACACAUAUGUCAAAGCCACUUUUCAUGCCUUUAACAAGUACAAAAGGGAAGGAUUUUGUCUGCAGAAUGUUGACAAGGCACCUCUUGCAAAGAGAAGGAAAAUGAAAAAAACAAGUACAAGCACAGAGACACGUAGCAGCUCCAGUGAAAGUUCACAUUCUUCUUCCUCUCAUUCUCAUGGUAAAACUACACCUACAAAGACACUGCAGCCAACAAACCCCACAGACAGCAAUAACCCAGAAACCAUCUUCCAGUUCUCUGACUGAAAAGCAGAGAAUACCCUGUCUUGAAGAUUUAAGUGGUCAUAAACUUGGUAGUUUAUUAUAAACCUAUAUUGUCUUCUCCCCCCCCCCAAACUCCCUGUGGUUUGCAGGCUACAUUAAUGUGUCUGUUGCUUUAAAAAUAUAUUUCAAUCAUUUUUUACCUUUGUAUUUCAAUACAUUUCUUGUUAGCAUUAAGUUUGGUAUCACUGGAUAUGGUAUAAAACUAUUAUACAACCAACACUGUAUUCUCCUAGGGCUAAAUUACUAUUGUGCAGUGAAGCCCAAGGUCAGGAGCUAUGAUGCUCAUGGUGCAGCUUGGAGGAAGACAGUUUCUCAGUGUCAGUCUUCCUCCUGUUUUCUUCCCCAGUGUUCAAAAGAAAGGAUAGCUCUGUAACAUGUAUAAAACUCUUUAAACUUCUGCUUUUACCCAGCUUUGUGAAGAAUGUCAUAAAAUUUGAUUCUUCAUGCAUGUAAAGAGUCACUGGUACAAUGCACCAAAGCAGUAUAGUAUUUUAAGGCCUCUUAAAUUUGUUGUUACGAUUUACCCCAUUUGUUUGAGUUUGAAGAGCGAAAUGAAUUUAUGCAAUUCUUACGUUCUUUUAAGAAGUAACUCCAAGUAUCUUGUUCUGAACAACUGGGAAUAUAAGUCUUGAGUUGUUUGGGUUUUUUUUUAUUUUAAUUUUUUAGAAACAUCUGGGGUAAAAGAUGUCUGAUGAGGUGAGGUGUCUGGUACUGUGAUACAACAAUUUUUAUUUCUACUUUUUCAAGGUAUAGGCUUUUAAAAUGUUUUACAGAUUCUAAAAUGUAAUGCUGUAAGAGAAAGUGAAAUUUCAUACUGAAUGCUUUGGAAAAUGUUCACAUGUUAAAAUAUCUAUUUCAAGAAUUAAUUAUAAUUUAUAUUUUCUUUUUAUAUUUACACAAUAUCUUUAAAAUACUAAGAAUUUUUUUAGAGAUGCAAAACUCCAGUCUCAACAUUUGUUAUUAUAGGGUCCAUACAAAAUGUAUAAGAAGUUACUGAAUUUUGCAUUGUGCAAAUAUGGCAGUUUAAUAGUGACUGUAAAAUAUUAGGAUAUAUGUUUUUUGCACUUUAUGACAUCGAAAGGAGAUGUUUUAUAAUAAAGUGCACUCAGAUCUCUCUUCCUACAAGGUGCUGAGCACUGUUUUACUGGGUUGAAUGACCUGAAAUCCACCAUAUUCAGUGGUUGUGGUCAUUGUGAAGGAGAAUUCUGUAUUUUGCAGGAGUGAAUCCCUGUAUAUUACCUACUGUUUUCAUUCCUUACUUUAAAAUGCAAAGCUCUUUCUAUCUUGCUUUUACAUUGUACAUAACAAAUACUAGACCUGGGCACCUUGUGUAGUGUAGAUGUUAACAACUUAUGCACUGGGAAUACUAAAGGGAAAUUAUAUUGAACACUGUGCUUCACAACUUGUUCACUGUGGCGUUCUACAGUGAAAUAUUUCCUACUGUGAUAGUAUAGUAUGUACAUAACUGUUUGGAAUCAUAAAUGUGACUUACAGAAACAUCAGCAUAAACUUUUAAAUUGGUAUAUUUUAUAAAUUUAUGGAGAGCUCUUUUAUUGCUUGUAUUCUCAAUGAUUAGGGGUAACUUCAGUGUUAAUGUUAACUCCAGUUUUGCAUAUGCUUACAUGUGUAAGUUUUCACUGAAGUCAGAGAGACUCCUUGAGUAAAGUUUAAUCAUAUGCCUGAAUUUGUGUGAUGGAAGACUAAUUGACUAGAGGAUUUUGUUAACAGCUUGCUCUGUCUUAAAGUAACCUUAAUCCAAACCCUAUGCAAAAAAUGGUUAUAGGAAUUGUUUAUAUCAAUGGUUUUAUUUAUAAAAUUAUAUCAUAUCAGUAUUGACAAGUACAAUACAUCCAUGUUUACAGGGAUUGUGUGUAUCAAAACAAGGCUUUGAAGCCCCAUGUGUUUGUUCUGUGUUUCUUUAAUAUUAAUAAUGGCAUUCUAAGGUUUUGGAAUUGCUCAUGUGAAAUAGUUUACUACUUUCUUGAUGUGAAUGUCAACAGUAAUUGCAGCAUUAAUUUCAGGUUGAUGUGAAUAUUGAGAUUUGCACUGUUUAUGUAGAAGUAGUAUAUUUAAAGAUCAGUAUAUGUGCUAAUAACCCAACCAGUUUUAAGUGGCUGAUGUUAAAAUAUUGAAAAAUAAUUGUCAAUGUAAUAUAUUCAGGUUUGCUUUCUGAAUGCUCUUUUUGGAAAUAAUCUCAACAGUGAACAUGGCUCAUUUGUAAAAGAAUACUUUUCCUCUCCCCAAUAAACUUGCUGUAAAUACAACAAACAAUCCACCAUUAAUACUUGCUAUGCAGACAGUACAGAUGAAUUGGGAGAUUGUAGAACAAGUUGCUUGUGAAGUUAGCACUUGAGGAGUUUAUGGAAUUUGUUGUCUUCAGGAUGAGGAAAACAAAAUAAAAGGGCUUUUUUUCAUUUUGAUUUCAUUUAACCGUAAGAAACUUUUGGAUACUAGGUGGAUUUAGAAUAUUAUUAGAAUUCAACGCUUGUAUUGAAGACAAUUUUUAUA